UUCACACAGCCCAUUGUUUUCUGUUUUCUUUCUCUCCACGAAAUCCCCACCUUUUUUAAUCCUUUUCGUUUCAAACAAUACACACAACCAACAAACUUCAAAGAUUUCACUUCCAGAAACCGCGACAAAGGUUUGUGAUCAUGGAUUCACAGAAAAGCCAACCUCAAAAGCCAUCUUCGUGUAGAAGGAAGAAGAACGAGGAAGCGACUUUCAUCGAGGAUUUGAAGGAUCACAUCGACGAGUUCAUUCAUGCUUCUAUGGAUGAACACAAAACUUGCUUUCAGAAAACAAUUAACAAGAUGUUCGGUUUGUCUAAGGCUGUUGCGGAAAAGAACGCUAAUGCUGCGAAUGGAGUCGAAAGUUCUUUGCCUCUUCAAACUACUCUGCAAGAUUAGUUUUAUUUUGAAUUUUGAAUUUUAAGGUUUUUAUUUUAGUCUUGUCGUAAUGUAAUAUCCUUGAUUUUUAGUUAUGUUGUUGGGAUUUAAGUAAACAACCUUUGUUUACAUGAGACGUAUGUCUAAUUACCUUGAAUUCAUUAGUUUUAUUUUUGAGAUAGCUUCUAUUGAUAUUUCACUCUUACAAAGAAACAUUAUUUUGUGUCAACCUAAUGGGCUAGUAGGCUAGGUAUGAUUUUGGGGUCUAAUGUGAAAGGUGGGAGAUUUGUACUGGCACAGCAAACACUACAGAGAAGCGGUUAGUCCUUCUUCCAAAUAGUGGAUUUAAGUGGUUAGUCUUCUUUCCAAACAACAACUUGAAGCGGUUAGUCCCUGUUACACUGGGAUUUUCAACUAAUGAAAAGUCAACGAAAAGGUUAUAAUGGAGGAACAUUAAGUGGUAAGAGCAUUAAUGUCAAGUCUUUUAGGGCAUUAACGAUCCCGCAUCGAUGGAGCGUCGACCAAAGAUCCAAAUAAUGUGGCAUUUAUGAUCUGCAAGAAUCACAAGAGAAAAUCCACAAGACUAGUAUCAGCUGUAAACAUGUCUGCAAUCUCGAAAAGGGCAGUCGACAGGACUCUUAGGUCAACAGGAACAUUAGUCGACAAAGCCACAAAGAGGUUAAAGGCUUGGUGAUUCUUUAUGAGUGAGUUAUAGAGUAAAGAUGAUGUCCAUAACAAGUUGGCAGAUAUGAUCAAGAGUUUGUAGGAAAGUUUGAAGCAGUUUAACUCAAUGUGGGUUACAAACAGUAAAUCAUGGGUGACACAUGGAAGCGCUAGUGCGAACCUGAAGAUUAGAGGUGGGAUAAAACAUAGCACUCCCCUGGUGGUUAGAAUCGUCGUCGACGGUUAUUUGUAAAUAUAAUAAAUAGCAGACUCAUACAUUGUAACAUGGGUCACAAAAUUUCAUACAUUCUCUCCAUACAACUGAAGUACUCAAAGAGCGAAAUUGUUUGCGAUAAAUAUGUAUAUUUCUGCGUCCAA